AUUUGUCUUGACAUAUAGUCUUGACGUGACACAUUCGGUUGUAAGUCCAUGUCGAGCGCUCCGCGGUUAAAAUGAUUUCUUUUAGUAUAAAUUUGUUAUUGUGUUCAAUUUUGUGCAUCUUAGUGAAUACAAGUACACAACAAACAGUACACAGACGUUUCGAAUACAAGUAUUCUUUCAAACCACCGUACUUAGCACAAAAAGAUGGAUCGGUGCCGUUUUGGGAGUAUGGCGGAAAUGCAAUAGCGUCGGGUGAGAGCGUGCGUCUUGCACAAUCACUGCGAAGUCAAAAAGGAGCGAUAUGGACCAAGCAGCCCAUCAACUUUGAUUGGUGGGAAGUGGAUGUUAUGUUCAAGAUCACUGGUCGAGGGCGUAUUGGGGCUGAUGGAUUGGCAUUCUGGUACACGACCCAACGCGGUGAUUACACGGGUGACGUUUUCGGUUCAUCUGACAGGUGGAACGGUUUAGCUGUCAUUUUCGACUCGUUUGACAAUGACAAUAAACACAAUAACCCCUAUAUAAUGGCAGUUUUGAAUGACGGAACGAAAAACUUCGAUCAUAAGAGUGAUGGCUCAACCCAGCUGCUCUCGGGAUGUCUUCGCGACUUCAGAAAUAAACCGUUCCCCACCAGAGCGAGAAUUGAGUACUAUAUGAACACGUUGACUGUCUACUUCCAUAAUGGCCUAACAAACAACGAGGCGGACUACGAGCUCUGUUUCCGAGCGGAAAACGUUCAGUUACCGCGCGGCGGUUUCUUCGGUUUGUCAGCGGCCACCGGUGGAUUGGCGGAUGACCACGAUGUGAUUCACCUGCUGACCAGCUCGCUUCACAGUGCGCAGCAAGGCGGUCAACAGAUAACCAACGAUGAGCAGCAGAAGCUCUCUCAAGAGUACCAGGAAUAUCAGAAGAAGCUGGAACAGCAGAAAGAAGACUAUAGGAAAGAGCACCCCGAUGAGAUGCGAGACAAAGACGAGAUGGAGGAUUGGUUCGAGUCGGACGGUCAGAGGGAGUUGAGGCAGAUCUUCCAGUCCCUGACUCAUAUACAGGAUGUCACCAGGGAGUUGCAUAAGAAAGUUGAUGAGGUGAUCGGCAAGCAGGUGAACUCUCUCUCGAUGUUGUCGGCUGUCUACACUCAGUCGCAGGGACAGCCCGCGCAGGCGCAACCCGGACAGGCCGUGCAGAUGCCCCAAUUCCCAAUUACGCGCCACGACUGGGACGUCUUCACGUCCAACAACCAAUUGAUGAUUCAAACGGUGUCGGAGCUUAAGGCAUUCGUAGUAGAAGUGAAUCGCAAAACCGACACCCUACUGACGACCGGGGGCGGCGGUGGGGGCAACGGGGUCAACCCCCAAUUCCUCAACGAACUCCGGGACAACGUCCAUCAAGUCAAGAAUAGUCUGGCAGGAGUCGCACAAAGAAUGUCAUCUCCGAUGCAAUCGAUAAACUGUCCAUCGGUCACAUGUGUCUCAACGGGAAUGCUGCUUGUGAUCAUAAGUGGACAACUUUUGGUCUUGUUCCUAUAUCAGUGGUACAAGGAAAGGAAAGAAGCUCAAGCGAAGAAGUUCUUCUAAGUAUGUUUUCGAGAUUUGGUUGAAAAAGUUUUGUUUAAAAUUUACAAAUUCAGAGUGAGUCGAGAUGUAAGAUAAUGUAUGCUUUUAUAUUUGUUAGAUGUAAAUGUAUAAAUAAAAUAAUAUUUUUAA